CUAAAACUAAGUCUUCCUUUCAAAAGUGAGCGAGCAGAGCUGAAAAAGAUGGAGUUACCUGGAGAUGAGAUUUCUUUCUACGGAUAUGAAGGAUAGAAAUAUGCUAUUUUCUGCUAUUCCAUCUAUUUGUGCAUCAAGUCCGAAGAAGAUCUCAAUCUAUAAUGAAGAAAUGAUAGUAGCUCGUUGUUUUAUAGGCUUUCUCAUAUUCAGUCGGAAGAGUUUAGGUAAGACUUUCAAAGAAACUCUCGACGGGAGAAUCGAGUCUAUUCAGGAAGAAUUGCAGCAAUUCUUCAAUCCUAACGAAGUAAUUCCGGAGGAAUCCAAUGAACAACAACGAUUACUUAGGAUCAGCUUGCGAAUUUGCAGCACCGUAGUAGAAUCAUUACCAACGGCACGCUGUGCGCCUAAGUGCGAAAAGACAGUGCAAGCUUUGUUAUGCCGAAACCUAAAUGUAAAGUCAGCAACACUUCUAAAUGCCACUUCUUCCCGCCGCAUCCGUCUUCAGGACGAUAUAGUCACAGGUUUUCACUUUUCAGUGAGUGAAAGAUUUGUAUCCGGGUCUACGUUCAAAGCUUCUACCAUAGACCUAAUUUGAGAAGGCUUGAUAGUCCUAAGAAAGGUGAGGGUGGGGGGUUCUAUUUAGGAAGAAUAAGAAGAAUCUCAUUCAUGUGUUCAUGCUAACAGAAGAGCGGAUCCAAUACACAUAAGACUUUUUUUCAGGAAAU